AGAUCGUAGUUGGUGUAAUAAGCUCUUAAUCUGCCCCUGCUGUCUCAUUAACACCAUGUUUGUGCGUGUGUGUUUGUGUGUGUGUUUGUGUGUGUCAUUUGUAAGCUGUCUUCUUAGUAAUGGGUCUAUUUGUGUGUGGAGCUGUUGUUUUUUUAGGGACAUAAAAGCAUAGUAAGCCUUUUGACUUGCAGUGUUUUAUCUCCUGCAUUGUGAGCAAUUUCCUACUUUCCCAGAAUGCCUUUCAACAAAAUCCAUAACGGACGGGUCUUAGGGUUUUACUUUCAUUAGAACUGAUGGAUAAGGUUCCUGACCCUUGUCUCCGCGUCCUCCUUCCAGUCUCCCUGCAGGACAUCAACAUGAGGAAGGCCUUCAAGAGCAGCACCAUCCAGGACCAGCAGGUGGUGUCGAGGACCUCGGUGCCCAACCCGGUGGUGGAGAUGUACCAUCGCGGUGACAAACCUCCUCCGCUCAACAUCCUCAGCCCCUACAGGGACGACAAGAAGGACGCGCUGAAGUUCUACACCGACCCGUCCUACUUCUUCAUCCUGUGGAAGGAGAAGAUGCUGCAGGCCACCGAGGACAAACGCAAGGAGAAGCGAAGGCAGAAGGAGCAGCAGAAGCGUGAAGACCCGAGCAGAGAGGUGAAGAAGGUGCGUAAGGCUCGUAAUCGGCGCCAGGAGUGGAACGUCCUGGCCUACGACAAAGAGUUCCGACCGGACGCCAGGCUCACGCCAUCACCUUACCAUGGCAUGUCCUCAGAGGGGUCCCUGUCCCCAGACAGCAGGUCAAUGGCGUCCGACUCUUACCCCGCCAGCCCCAACCACCCCUCCACCCAGGCCCCCGGCGCCGACCACUCCAGGGACCACCUCACCGCCGCGCCGCAGACUCAGUCCCUGGACCGGGUCCUCAGGCCGGCCAACGGGCCCCCGGGGGCCCCGGGGCCGCUGCCGGGCAGGGCGCCACGCGGCCUCCCUGGGCCGGACCCCGUCGGGCCACGGCCUCCAGGCGGGUGGAGACCCGACGGUCAACGGGCCGAGGCAGCAGUCGGUGAAGGAGUACCGGGCCGCCCACGGCGGCCAGCCCUCCACCAUCCCAGAGUACUUUAUCCCCCCGCCCCCCCUCCCCCUCCCCCAACCAUCCCCUCGGCGCAGACCGCCUUCGACUCCACCACCGCCCCGCCCUCCGCCGUGCCCCCCACCUCCUCACCCUCUCCCGCCCCUACUCCCCUUCCCCUCCUCCUCCCGGCCAACUACGUGCCCUCCCCCUCCCACCCGCCGUCGGGCGUGCCGGCCGCCCCGCCCCCGCCGCCGCCAGGGGCGCCCGGCGGCUACCAGACUCACCCGUCGCCGGCGCACGGCGUGGACGCGGCGCCCCCCGGCAGGAAGGCCGCCAUGGUGGGGCUGGUCCCGAUGAGCGACGCCCGCUCCGACCUGCUGGCAGCCAUCCGUAGAGGCAUCCAGCUGAGGAAGGUGCAGGAGCAGAGGGAGCAGGAGGCCAAGCGGGAGCCCGUCGGCAACGACGUGGCCACCAUCCUGUCGCGCCGCAUCGCCGUGGAGUACAGCGAGUCCGACGACGACUCCGAGCUCGACGAGAACGAGUGGUCCGACUAGAGUGAAAGUGGGGGGGGCAGGGGGCGGGGGCAUCGAGGGGUUUCGAUCAAUGCUCGUAAUUUAACAUCCACCAAGACAGAAUACUCUGUACGAUUCAAUCACGCCGUAACGAAGCGUCUCUGAACAUCAGCGCUUCAUUUUGACGACCUCAGCUUCAGCUCGGUUGCCCCCGACGACGGCUACUCUUUAGCCCCCCCCCCCCCCCCC